CAACCCAGGGCAUUCUUGUUGGGGCUGCAGUGGCGGAAGGGAGCCCAGUGGGGCGCCCUCCGGAGGCACUAUUUCCCACGCUGACUACCCAGUCCUCUGGCUGCUGAUGUCAUGAGUAACACCGCAGUCCCAAUGCCCCCCCAGGUCAACAGUGACUCCAUGGGGGGCCGUGUGUGGGAGCCUUUCUUCCUCAUCACCCUGGCUGGGGCAGUAGGGGCUGUGGUAAUGUACGUCCAGAAGAAAAAGCAGGUGGAUCGGCUUCAUCAUCACCUGCUCGCCGUGUGCAGCUACAGCCCUGCUGAGAAGCUACACAAGGUUGAGCAGGAGCUCCUCUCUGGCGUGGGAAAGGUGGUACAUGGCUGGCAGAGUGACUACCAGCUCAAGCAAAUGCUCUUGCUGGUGUCAAGACACGACCUGACCCCCUUACCCUGAUCUUCAGAACUUUCUGGGCCUGAAACGCCCAAGACCCUGUGAGCUGCUGCUUCCCCUCCAGCUUGCACUCAUCCAGCGCCCCCUGCCGGAUUCUGGGUGUCCAUUCCUCCUCCCACCCGUUCCCAGCAGCAUCUGUUUCGUAAGCCCCAGCAGAGCAACCAGUCCCCACCUUCACCUCACUCCUCUCUAGGCCUUCAAUCUUUGUGGGCUUUAAGCCCACCACACGCUCCCAGGCGCUAAUGGGAAGUUUUCCUUCUGAAGUGGAAGGCUGGCCAAGAGACAGAGCUCUGCCCUUUCUACGGGCAUCACUUUCGCUAGCCCUCCCUGCCUUUGCUUUGGAGUCGUUUCCAUGGUGAUAGGGCCUGAUGUAUA